AUGCGAUCUUUCAGUCAAUAUUUUAUUUUGUUGCUUAUUACUCUUGUUGGAGUAAUUAAGGCGGACUCUCCUACUUUUACUCUUUAUUUAAAUGCUACCGGUACUAAGCUUGAUGGGUACAGUCUUUAUCUUAGUGAUGAUGGAAGAUUUUAUAUUUCUCAAUCUUCAAAAUCUAUCACUGGUUAUAUUCGUGAUGAUACAAAAUUUGUUGUUGAGGGUAAUGUUACUGGUGAUGGUCGCAACUUUUUGUCUACUCAAGCACUUUCAAGUGCUUGGAAAGAAUGUUCUCCAUGGACGGUCGUCGAUGGUGUUUUGGAGCUUUAUGGAUUGUACAAUUUCCAUGUUUUCCCUGAAGGCUCCGUUGACGAUUUAUAUGUUUUGGGAACCGGCAAUGCUGUUGGAGGAGGCGUCGAGUAUCGUACUUUAGUUACAAUCAACCCUGUUUUGAGCGAUGGUUCAGUCCUUCAAACUUGGCCUGAAACUUCAUCUAGCUCUUCUGUUUCUUCUGUAGCUUCUACAUCACAAGUAUCUUCAACUCCUGCUACUACUGCUUCUUCUGUUAGUGUCAAUUCAGUCGCCUCUUCUUCUAUUGCCUCUUCCUCUGUUGCCUCUUCCUCUGUUGCCUCUUCCUCUGUUGCCUCUUCCUCUGUUGCCUCUUCCUCUGUUGCCUCUUCUUCUGUUGCCUCUUCUUCUGUUGCCUCAACUUCUGUUGCCUCAACUUCUGUUGCCUCAACUUCUGUUGCCUCAACUUCUGUUGCCUCAACUUCUGUUGCCUCAACUUCUGUUGCCUCAACUUCUGUUGCUGCUACAUCUUCAGUUAUUUCAUCUGCAACCGUUUCUGUUGCAACUACCAAAUCUUCAGUUUCACACAGUGCCUCUACUUCUUCUGUUCAAACAUCUUCAACUUCUAAUGCAACUCAAAGUUUGAUUCCUACUAGUUCACUUGCUCAAGUGAAUGGUGCUGCUCAACUUUCUGCUGCUGCUGCUGUUGUUUUCGUUUCUAUUUUUGCAAUGUUUUUUUAA